UUUUUCUCGGAUGUCUCAAAUCGUCUAGACACUCGAGGUAUUUCCGUUUCCCACCGCCCUGUGUUGGUUUCUAUUGUGAGGCAUCGCCUCGGGUUAUUACGAUUCGCACACUCAAUGCGCAUGGCUGGAGCAAUACUGCCACCGAUCCAGUGUCAAGGCUGUCAUUAUAUCACACAUCUGUUUACACACAGAGCCGCUUCGAUUUUAACAGAGCUCAUCAAAAAAUGGCUUGGGAAAAAACACUGCUGAAUCUUAGGAACGUUGUACAAAUUUUAUUGGUCGUAUCACUGAGAGUGAAACUAGGCGCUUGUUGUCCUAGCGUAUGUCAGUGCGGUGAAAGAAGUCUUGUCAAAUACAUUGAAUGUAGUCGAGCUAACUUUACUGUGUUGCCGAAUGAUAUACCGGUGGAAACAACAGAACUAUAUUUCUCAAGAACUCAGAUCUUCAAUCUAGUGGAAAACGCUUUCCAGCAGUUACCUAAUCUGGAAAUAAUUGAAAUUUCAAAUAAUCAAAUAGAAAAUAUAACAGACGGAGUCUUUCGAGGAUUAACAAAGUUAACUGAACUGAGGCUCCCCGAAAAUGGUAUAAAAAGAAUAAGCGUGAAUGCAUUUAAAGGGUUGAAGUCCCUAACAACGUUGGUAUUGUCAAAUAAUAAACUUCACAGUUUACCAAGAUAUUUAUUAGCAGAUUUACCAAAUUUACAAGCACUCAAUGUUAAUGAUAAUUAUCUUCAAGAACUGCCGGAAGACAUGUUGGGGAAUAACACGAAAAUCACCGGACUUUAUGCAAGCAAUAAUAGAAUCACCUCGAUUAGUAGUAAAUUACUCAAGAACAGAAGAUUGCAAGUUAUCUUUCUAGAGCAUAACGCGAUCAGUUCGAUAGAUGAGCUGGCGUUCUCGUCAAUGUCUUCAACUCUGAUGUAUCUAAAACUGAGCAGCAAUAGAAUCGAAACCUUUCCAUUGGAACAGUUAAUCAACAUGACGUUCUUACUAGAAUUACGGUUGGAUAAUAACAGUAUGACAACACUUUCGCCGCGUACUCAAGUCUUUUUUGACAAGGUGAAAGCAUAUGGCGGGAAAAUCUAUCUGUCAGGGAACCCAUUCAUCUGUAUCCGUGAGCUUCAAUGGCUCCAAAAUUACACCAAGACUAGUAACGUCAUCAAAGACAUGAAUGACGUCAUGUGCCGUAACUAUGACAACAGCCGACAUAGAGUCAUAGACUACGACUUUAAUAACAUAGCAACACCAAUGCCAACAACAGCUACAAUUCCAGCAACAACAACUACGUUUACAUCAACAACAACAUCAACAGCAACCACUGAACCGACAACCUCUAAAACCCCCACAAUUAUGCAAACUACAUCCGGGCUACCCAGCACCACAGCGCAUGCGCAAACAUCCACAGGAAACCCGACAACGGUAACGGAAGUCAUACAAACGGAAGUGAGAACUAUGUCGACUACGACUGAGUCGUCGCCGACAAUAGACUCCGUGUCACCUUCGCAACAGCCAAGCACUUCCGAAGUUGUGACGAGCGUUCACGUGAAUUACACGAGUCAUUCCGAGUCGGUCACGAGCUCGACCGAAGGGUCUCCGCAAAUCCCAGUAACGCUAACACUGCUGAUGACGUCACCAUCGGUAAAGAUCGUACAAACUACGGAAGCCCUUCGGCCCUCGUCGGCCCCGACAUUAGGCAUAACAAUGCUGUCAGAAACCCUUCGACAGACAGUCGUGUUUUCGCAAAUUACUACAUCGACGCCAACAAAAUCAGAACUUUAUUCCGAGAGCAUUAGGGUGACGUCGGAAGAAAUUCCAAGUAGAUCGGAGAUCCAUCGGGUUUCGUCCGGGAUUCGGCCAUCUCCGAUAUCAGUGGCGACAAACUCGUGCCUAAUGUCGUUUCUUUUAUCUACUACUAAUGAUAUUGUGCUUGUAACGCCAUCUCCUUCAUCUACAAGAGCUACCUUGUCUGCCUCGCUUGCUCCGACAGCUAUGACACCCAGUCCCACGACUCAUGAAAAAGGUAAGGCCGAUACCAAGGUCUUGGAUGAGAAGGAGACCAUAGUAUUGGCAACGUGCGUGACGGCCGGGGUUCUCGCGGCACUCAUCUGCUUUGCUAUGUACUGCUUCAAGAAGAAAGUCGUCAGGCGUAACAAAACCCUCGAUGCAAGGUACGAUCGAGUAAGCGGAGUAAUAUAACACCUGCCCGUAAUAGUGGGGUAGAGGAACAGAACAUCACUCAAGAAGUCGCUUCGGCUAAUAGCCAUCUGACCGUAAUGUUGAGGGUGAGCAAGGGAACAGCACUAAAACAGUCGCCUUGGGUAGAGGCCAUCUGACCGUAUUAGAGGAAUUGGGCCAUAACGGUCAAACCAAUGCGGGUAACAACUGCGCCUGAUCGAAAAGAGUCAAAUGGGAAGGAAUGUAAGAGAUGACAGUGGACCCUUUUAUAAAAUGGCCGGUGCAAA